AUGGUAGGGGACAGUGACGCAGGCGCAGGCCCGGUUUCGAGCUGCGUUAAACGUAAGCGUACAUCACGUGUUACGUGUGUGCAGCUUGAGAUACUUCUGUCCAAGCUGGAAGCUACUCCACAUUUAUACGAAAGAAGAUUUAGUGGCCUGCAGGGCAAAGAAAGCUUUGAAAAGGGCUGGAGGAAAGUUGCCGACGAGCUCAAUCAGCUUCCCAACGGAUCCGUCAAGACGCCUGAGCAGUGGAUAAUAGUAUGGAGAGACUUCAAAAACUGGGCCUGCACUAAAGCGGCAAAAUUAAGAAGAGAAAGGAUGCGGACUGGCAACCAAGGCAUCAUCACUGCUCCACUGACUGAGGUGGAAAAAAAAUUGUGUCGCUGA